UGAGGAAGCGGAGGGAGCCGUGGAGUUGCUGUGCAUAUUAAUGAGCCGGCAGCGAGGGCAGCGGGGAGCGCUUUAAAGGAGGAGAAGGCAAGGCAGCGGCAGAGCGCAGGCAGCGCCGCUCCGCCGGGAGCCGCUCCGCCGUGCCCUCCGCGCCCACCCAGCCCCGGGACAGCGGAACCGGGGGCACCGAGGACAGGCGAACACACACAUCAGCCCCCCGGCGUCUCCUCGGGUACCUGCUGUCUCACAAUGAAGCUCCUGACGGCAGCUCUGCUCCUGCUCUUCAUCGCGAUGUGCUUGGCCAGCGCGGAAGGCGUGAAGUGCAAAUGCUCAAGAAAAGGUCCUAAAAUAAGAUUCUCUAAUGUACGGAAGCUGGAAAUAAAACCGAGGUACCCAUUUUGCGUGGAAGAGAUGAUUAUUGUGACCCUGUGGACACGGGUGAGGGGCGAGCAGCAGCACUGCCUCAACCCCAAGCGCCAGAACACCGUGAGGCUGCUCAAGUGGUACCGGGUAUGGAAGGAGAAAGGCAGGGUUUAUGAAGAAUAAGAGGAAGUGGUACAAGGAAUGGAGUGGACUCCCUCGGCUGGCAUAGGACUGAUCUCUACAGAAGAUUAUUUCUCUCUCGCAGACAUAAGACACAAAUUCUAUAUUAUUAUAAAGCACUUUUUACCAAGGGUCAGUUUUUACAUUUUAUAGCCGUGUGCAAAAGGCUUCCAGAUUUCACAAGCAUCUGUUGCACUUCUGAUUUCAUACUCGUCUGCUCCGUACUGAAAUUAGGAAAACACCUGCUUUUCGUUUUAAAGAAGUUCUUUUGGGAGUUUUUUGGUUUUAAUUAUGAUUCAUUCAUACUUCACUAUGAUGGCAAUCGAGCUUUAUAAGCUCACCAGGCAAACAGAACUGUUUGUGAUGUGUUGUACAGCCAUGGCCCUCACCCCUGGCAGUGGGCUGGGGAUGCUGCUCCUGUUUGCAGCCUCCACCUCAGCCAGGCAGAGCAGGGACCAAAGACGAGUUUGCUGGGGAAGAUGCCACUAAAACGCUGUGGCUGCACCUGCAGGAGUGAGGGAAGAUGCCACUAAAAUGCUGUGGCUGUACCUGCAGGAGUGAGGUCCCUCAGCACCUCGUCGAGUGAGCGUGAGCAUCACUCGUGUACCUCUUCUUUAAUGGACUCGAGGUCCUGCUGCAAGGCAAAGCUUCCUGCAUCUCCCACCUAACCUCUCCUGCAUUAGAAAGCAUUUCUAACUCAUUUUUAUUACUAAGAAAAUGUGUAUUUUUUUUUUCCACCUGAAGCACUUAAAGAAAGUUUGUGGCUUCAGUACUGAGACAUCUUAAGCUUCAAGACUAUUGUGUAUGUUUUCCUAGAUUUGUAGCAACAACAAAAAAAAACCUUUAAAAGGUACCUUUUUAUGAAAAAUAUGAUAGGGCAAACAUAUAAAUACGUAUGUAUGUUUUAGUCACAAUACAAGAUAUUCAUUAUUUUGAAUGUAAUACUUCAAUGUUAAGCAGUGCAUUCCUCUUUUUAAUAUAACAAAACUACCUUUUCAUUUGUAAAUACACUAUAGGAAGUCUCCCUAUAUUAUCUCACUGUAUAAUGUACUGUACUGCUAAAUUAUCAUAUGCUAUUUAAAUGUUUGAAAUAUUUAGGAAGUUGCAUGCAGAUUUCAUAUUUCUUUCUAAGACAAAUGAAAAAAGUAAUAAAAAAAAUAUGUAAAAAAA